AUGUCGACCUCGACGCGGGGUGCGCGCGCGUCGUCGCGCGCGGGCGGGCGAGGCGCGGGUGGCGGACGCGAUGCGGCGGCGGCGGCGCGGCGCGGACGACGGGCGAUCGCCGCGCGCGUGGCGCCGGGGGAUCGCGCGCGCGCGCGAGAGGCGAUCGAUCUCGACGCGAUCGAUGUGCCGCGAGAUUUGGUGCAGAUUCGAGCGUACGUGCGAUGGGAAGAGGCGGGGAAACCGGAGGAUACGAGCGCGGAUUGGCGGGCGCUGGAAUUCGAGCGCGCGCGGGAGGAUUUGCGGCGUGAAUGCGCGCGUGGAACGACGCUGAAUGAGAUCAGAAGGCGGUACGGACAGCCGGAGGUGCCUGGGGAUGAUGUGGUGGUGUUGGAUCGGGGUUACGGUGAGAGCGCGAGGGAGGCGGAGAACGCGCGCGGAGAGGCGGAGGGCGGAGAAUCGAUGGAAACUCUGGCGGCGCCGGAGGUGGCGGAGACACGGGCGAGCGCUCCGGCGCCGGUGUCGAAUAGACGAGAACGAGACAUUCGAGCGAUGCUUCCUCGUCGGACGGAUCCGAGCGCGGAGGGCGAGCGGAGCGCCAAAGCCGAAGCGCCGAGCACCGUCGCGCGUUGGCGCGAGGCGACGUCGGACGCUGAGGGUUGGACACUCAUCAGCGACUCAACGUCCCCUCUCGCGGACGGCGAGCUCCUGGUGCAGGUGUUCGAGAGCAGCGGGCGAGACGAGGAGGCUAUGAGCGCACCGAGGAGAAAAAUCGUCGGACGUCGAGUAGUGCUGACGACAAACGCCCUCGAACCGCUCGUGUGUCACUGGGGCGCGGCAAAGAUCGAGCCCGGGGAGUGGGCGCUCCCUCCUGAGUCUGUUCGCCCGCCUGGCUCUGUCGAAGUCGGUCCGAUCGCAUGCGAAACGCCGAUGGAAGAUUUCACCGGAUGCUUCCCGUUGUCCAUGAGUGGAUCCGUCGACGAGGAGGGCUUCGGAGAGUGCGCGUUCAUGCAACGACUCGUUUUUGAUCUCCCGGGUGACGGCCCGAACGAGCUCAUGGGAUUAUCUUUCGUGUUCCGCAACGUCGGUGGCAGCUCGUGGUUUAAGGAUUCGUCGAACGGUAACUCCAACUAUCGCGUGUCGUGCACGCGCCCGACGGAGCACAAAUCGACGGCAAGCGACGAGCUCAUCGACACCAUCACCAGAGCCGAAGCCGGCGGUAACUGGUGGUCUCUGAUGCACCGCUUCAAUCUCGCGACAUCGUUGUUAGAGAAGCACUGCGUCAAGGCGGAGAGCGAGAGCAAGGCACGGGAGGCGGCGGCAAAAAUAUUCGUUUGGCUUCGCUACAGCGCCACGCGACAGCUGACGUGGCAGAGAAACUAUAACGUUAAGCCGCGUGAGUUAUCCAGCGCGCAGUCGCGUUUGACGCAUUGUCUCGCGGAAAUAUACACGUCUCAGCCGCAUCUGCGCGACAUGGCUCGUCUGAUGCUGAGCACCGUCGGCAGAGGUGGCGAGAGCGGCCAGGGCCAGCAGAUUCGGGACGAAAUCUUAAACAUCAUGCAUCGGAAUGGCAUCAAAGAGGUCAAGGGAAUCUGGAUGGAGGAGUGGCACCAAAAACUGCACAAUAACACCACUCCGGAUGAUAUCGUCAUCUGCGAGGCAUACCUUGCGUUUUUGCAAGCGAACGGUGACUUGUCCGCGUACUGGCGCGUGCUUGAUGAAGGAGGCGUCUCGCGCGAGCGUCUUGAGUCCUUUGAGCGACCCGUUCGAAGCGAACCCAUCUGGCGACCUCAAAUCAAAGACAACCUCAUACGUGAUUUCAAGAACUAUCUGAAGAUACUGAAAGCCGUGCACGGCGGCGCAGAUUUGACGCAGAGCUUCAACGUGUGCCGCGAUCGACUGUCAAACGACUGUCAAAGAGCGCUCGAGUACAUAUGCGCAAAUCAAGGCGGAGCCGAUGUCUUCAACCUCGUGAACGCGUGUCUCGAGGCUCGUCACGGCGUGCGAGAUGCCGGUCUCGCCGAACCAUCGGACACGCCGUGGUGCCGCGAGCUCAUCUAUCUCGAUCUCGCCAUCGCCGAUGUAAGUAACCGAGCGAUUCAAGGCGGCUCAGACGCCGUGACAGACACACAGGGAUUGUUGACGCUCACGGACAUGGUGCUCGAGGAUCUGUGUCUGUCACUUCCAUCAUCGAACGAUGACUUGCUCUAUAGCUUGAUUAAUUGGCGUCGCAUUCUAGAGUUACAGAGGUCAGGCGAUUCCGAAUGGGCGCUUCGAGCGAAGGCGACGGUGGACCGCAUUCGACUCGCUCUCACAGAGCACGCGACAGAGAUUCACGACGCGAUGCAACCGGCGGCAAGCACCAUCGGUAAACGAUGCGACUGCGACAAGUGGACGAUCGAUUUAUUCUCCGAAGAAGUCAUCCGCGGUGGUCCCGCUUUUGCACUCUCGUUGAUGCUCACGAGACUCGAUCCGUACUUGCGCCGCGAGGCGAACAUGGGCGAGUGGCAAAUAAUCUCCCCGGCGACGUGUGUGGGUGAAGUUCUGCACGUCAAAACGCUCGCGGAGGUUAUGAACAACUCAUUCUCGACGCCAACCGUCCUAGUGUGCGAUCAUGUGGGUGGCGAUGAAGAGAUUCCGAAAGGAGCGACCGCCGUCUUGACGGGAUCCUCCGUGGAUGUGUUGUCCCACAGCGCAGUUCGCGCGAGGAAUGGCGGCGUCUUGUUCGCCACGUGUUACGAACCCACGGUGCUCGACAAGAUUGGAAGGAAUAGUAAGAAAGCUAUCAAGCUAUCUAUCACGGCGGACGAGUGCGUGUCGUUCGAAGAGAUUGAUUACUCGAGUCUCGGCCGCGAAAACUCUCCGGCGAGCGAAGCGAACGGAUCCGACGCAGGGAGAAUAAACAUAAAGGCAAUCGACUUUGCGGGCGAAGUCGCCGUCGGCAUGGACGAUUUCCGUGAGAAUCUCGUCGGAGCAAAAGCGCGAAACACAAAGGCACUUCGCGACGCUCUCACUUCGGGUGGCAUCCCUGGAUGGAUCAAUCUUCCAGUCUCAGUGGCGAUCCCGUUUGGUACCUUCGAGCAUGUGUUGGCGUGUCCUGAAAACGCCAAGCAAGCGAAGACGAUGGCGAGACUGGCGAGCGAGAUCGACGACUCGAACGGAACAUCGCUCGCGGCGUCUCUCAAGGUGUGUCGAGCGUGCGUCCGAAGCUUGAUCCCGCCGGCUGGUAUGUUGACGCGGCUCGCCGACGUCAUGCAACGCGGCGGCAUCGAACCGCCGGCGGACGACCAAACGUGGGAUCUCGCGUGGCGAGCGAUCUGCGAUGUGUGGGCGUCCAAAUGGAACGAUCGUGCGUACGUGAGUAUGCGUAACCGUGGGCUCGAUCACAACAACCUUCGCAUGUCCGUGCUCGUACAACCGGUGAUCAAUGCGGACCACGCGUUCGUGAUUCACACGGUGAACCCGAGCACGGGUACAGAGGACGAGCUCUACGCCGAAGUCGUGCAAGGCAUGGGCGAGACCUUGGUUGGAAACUACCCCGGUCGCGCACUCAGCUUUACGGUGAAAAAAUCGCCCGAAGGCGCCGUCAGCGAACCGGUCAUUCACGGGUAUCCAUCAAAGAACACGGUCCUUCGAGUCCCGUGCCAGACGCUCAUCUUCCGCUCCGACUCAAACGGUGAAGAUCUCGAGGGGUACGCCGGCGCCGGUCUUUACGAAUCGGUCCCGAUGCACGCCACCGUGGAGUAUCACGCAGAUUACGCCUCGGACGCUCUGAUCUGGGACCGGAACGCCCGAUCCGACGUCCUCACCGCGGUCGCCCGCGCCGGAGUGGCGAUCGAGCGCGCGCUCGGUGCCGCCCAAGACGUCGAGGGCGUCAUCCGCGGCGGCGCCGUCUUCGUCGUCCAGACCCGUCCGCAGGUUUAA